CACCACCGAUAAAACCCCCCACUCCCCUCCCCUUCUCUCUCUCUCUCUUCACUCUCUCUCUAAAACCUCUGCCAUUUUUAAACUCUAUAUAUUUUCUUGCAAACAAGUGUAUGCAUUAGUGGGUUGUACCUUACGCUCAAAAAUAUUGCAACCCACAUGAACAAGAUGCAAACUUUUCAUCUAAUACUUGUUCUGCUAUGCUCUGUUUUUGUUUUGGGUCAUGGGUUUUCAAGAAAUCUUCCCAUUUUAUCUUUUGAUGAAGGCUACUCACACUUGUUUGGGGAUGAUAAUCUUAUGGUCUUGAAAGAUGGAAAAUCUGUUCACUUAUCUCUUGAUGAAAGAACAGGUUCUGGAUUUGUGUCACAAGACCUUUAUCUUCAUGGAUUCUUCAGUGCCUCUAUUAAGCUUCCUGCAGAUUAUACAGCCGGUGUUGUUGUUGCUUUCUAUAUGUCAAAUGGAGAUAUAUUUGAGAAGAAUCAUGAUGAAAUUGAUUUUGAAUUUUUGGGAAAUAUAAGAGGAAAAGAAUGGAGAAUUCAGACAAAUAUUUAUGGAAAUGGAAGCACAAAAGUUGGCAGGGAAGAGAGAUAUGGCCUCUGGUUUGAUCCUACUGAUGAUUUUCAUCAAUAUAGCAUCCUUUGGACUCACGCCCACAUCAUAUUCUAUGUCGAUGAUGUUCCGAUAAGAGAGAUCAAAAGAACCGAAUCAAUGGGUGGGGAUUACCCAUCAAAACCGAUGACUUUAUACGCGACAAUAUGGGACGCUUCCGAGUGGGCUACGAAUGGCGGAAAGUACAAGGUUAAUUACAAAUACGCCCCUUACAUCGCCGAGUUUUCCAACUUUGUUCUCCACGGAUGCACCGCGGACCCCAUCGAGCUCACGUCGCUCAAAUGCGACGACGCAUCAAACGCCAACGCAAUCCCAAAGGGUAUCACGAGCUCACAAAGGGCGAAAAUGGAAAGUUUUAGAAAGAAACAUAUGCAAUAUUCGUAUUGUUAUGACAAAAUAAGGUACAAAACGCCACCUUCUGAGUGUGUGGUCAACUCGAAAGAAGCGGAGAGGUUGAAGAAGUUUGAUCCUGUGACGUUUGGUGGCGGUCGGGGUCACCACCAUGGGAAGAGACACCGCCGUGCGGUGGCGAUUUAAGCAUGGUGGUUGGUUCUCUUAUUAUGUUACUAUCAUUUUCUUUUUCUUUUUUUUUUAAGUUUCUUAUUUUGUUGAUCAUCUUUGAUCUUUUUUUUUUUUGUUAAUUUUUAUGUGAAUAGAGGACAAUGGUGGGAAAGCAUAUAAUUUGUUUGUGAUGAUGAUUAUGUGGAGAAAUAUGAGAUUUUGGUUGAUGAAUACACGACAAAUCCAUCAUGCAACCCUUUUUCACUUUUGUUUAUUUAAUUAUAAAUAUUGUUGACCCUA